AGGCAUAGAAAGCGUGAAUAGCUGAAUUCUUAAUAUUAAUUGAAUUUUAAUUGAAAUUACGAGUCGUAAGAUUUCUAGUCAAACCGUUCCAAUUGAUUUGUUAGCAGUUAAAGGAAAAUGAAUUAUUUGCUGCUGAUAUUGGUCGUGUUGAAUUUAAUAUUCAGUGCAGUAAACUGCAAUGAGUGCAAGGAUGACUGCCCGAAAGAAGGGAAGAUGACAUGCGGAUUGAGUCCAGAAAAUAAAAACUACACUUUAUUUCCCAGUGAAUGUGCUUUGAAGGCUUAUAGCAUUUGUCACAAUGUCCAAUUCGUGGAAACCCCCUUAAAGUUUUGCAUCAAUCACGAAGUCAAGAAUGCAAGAAGGGUGUAUGGUGAAUCCUGUCCUCUUUUCUGUCCGAAUCAUUACAGACCUGUGUGCGGGAUGUCCAAGAUGCGAGCUUAUAUUUACAAGACGUUUAACAACGGCUGCUACUUUGAUAUGCUUUCUUGUAGGGGCGAUGAUUUAGAAGGAUACGUCGAAGUGCCAUUGGAAUUCUGCCAGAGACAUCUAAUGAAGAAUAUAUUCAAAGAACAGGUUGUUGUUUCCGGAAUCAACGAUUACAGAGACUAUCAUGAAUAUAAUUAAAUAUAUACCUAUA